AUGUCGACAAUACAGCAGCUGAAAAACUUUAUUCGCCAUGGGAAGCAAGCUCGCGCCGUCAAUGACGGGCAGCCCACCCCGAAAGAAACUUCGCCGUCUCGUCACAAUCAUACCCAAAGACACAAUCCCACAGCGUCGGACAUGGACUCGUCUCCAAAAGAGCCACAGGUUAAGAACAAAAAGGUAGCCGACGAAGGGAUAGCCCAGCUCGUGGCCGACGAGAAAGAGAGUCUUGGAAAAAUUCCCAAGUAUCCUGGACUCGAGAGAUGGCUCCUCCUCGAGAAGAUGGGAGACGGCGCUUUCAGCAAUGUAUACCGUGCUCGAGACCGCACGGGGGUGUUGUCUGAAGACGUUGCCAUCAAAGUAGUUCGCAAAUACGAGAUGAACGUCUCCCAGGGAAACGACCGCCUUCAUCCGAAUUUCAAGCCCAAGCUGCCCAAGGCUGCAGAGCGAUCGAACAUUCUUAAGGAAGUGGCGAUUAUGCGGAAGCUCGACCACCCCAACAUCAUCCGUCUGAUCGAGUUCUCGGAGGCGAAGCAGUACUACUACAUCAUCUUGGAGCUAGCACCUGGAGGCGAGCUUUUCCACCAGAUCGUGAAGCUCACUUAUUUUAGCGAGGAGUUGUCUCGGCACGUCAUCGUCCAGGUGGCUAAAGCUCUCGAAUACCUUCACGAAGAACAAGGGGUAGUGCACCGUGACAUCAAACCCGAAAACAUCUUGUUCUAUCCCAUUCCGUUUGUCCCUGCAAAGAGUCCAAAGCCUAGGCAGGCUGGCGAUGAAGACAAAGCCGACGAAGGCGAAUUUAUCCCUGGCCAAGGUGCCGGCAGGAUCGGCAAAAUCAAGAUCGCCGACUUCGGUCUGUCUAAAGUCGUCUGGGAAACGAAGACCACAACCCCAUGUGGAACUGUAGGCUACACGGCUCCCGAGAUUGUCAAGGAUGAGCGGUACUCCAAGUCUGUUGACAUGUGGGCACUUGGAUGCGUUCUUUAUACGCUUCUCUGUGGGUUCCCACCGUUUUACGACGAGAGCAUUGAGGCCUUGACCGAGAAAGUCGCUAAGGGCGAGUUCACCUUCUUGUCGCCUUGGUGGGACGAUAUUUCCGAGUCCGCAAAGGAGCUUAUUUCCCACUUGCUGGACGUCGACCCUGAAAAACGAUACACAAUCGCCGAAUUCCUGAACCACCCAUGGGUACGCGAGCCCGGUAGUACUCCUAGAAAGGUGGCUUCAGAAGGAAUAUUCCAUCCGCUUGAUCGGAUCAUCGAUGGUGACAGACGUUCGGACUUCCGAUCCCCUGGCGCCGUCAAUCUCCGAGAAGUAUUUGAUGUUGGCUAUGCCGUGCAUCGUCAGGAAGAGGAAGACAAACGACGCAAGCACGUUGGCACCCGUGCUGCAGGUGUAUCACGCCUUGCAGAGCUGAACGAAGAGCUGAGCGAGGAGGAGGAUCAGUCUGAGCUGCCCGAAGCGAGGGGCAACGAUGGCGACGCCGCUCACACCGCACCAGGGAUUGCCGCAUCUAACGGAGCACAGGACCUGGAGCAGAGCAUGCGGAACACGAACAUCCGGGACCAGGAACAGACCCGUGGCCGAGAACGCGAAAGACGAUCGGACCGGGGCUACGGUCAGCAUUCGGCUACGGUGGCUGCUGCAGCGCGGCAGCAAGUCCGAGACCAUAACCGACAAAAGGGUGCAUUCGAGCUGAAUCUCGAUGGGGCUACAUUGCUCGGUCGGCGUGGCGCCAAACCUGCGGCUAGAGUGGCAUAG